AUGGGUGAUAAAGUCAAUCAGUCUCCUCCUUUUGGGAUUCCAUCUGCCCAGCCUGAUCCUCAACCACUUCAGAACUACAUUAGUUCUGACUACCAUGCUCGCAAUGCUGGGAGUAACCUCUUUCCUGUUGCAGUGAUCUCAGCAGGGGUUGUCCAUGGUAUAAUGCAGCCCCAAACGGAAUCUAAUGGUUCUCAGCAGGGAUCGGGAAGUGUCAAUGAUAUUGAAUCUGCCGCCCAAAAUGUUGUGCUGCAGGAACAAGAAAUUGCCACCCAAAAAAUUAUUCAUAGUCAAAGGGAAGCAAGAGAUGCGAAUGGGACUCCUGAGGAUAGUGCAGACAUUUUCUCUGGACGUCAUGACCCGAAUGUUUUAAAGCCUGAUCCUCAACCACUUCAGAACUACAUUAGUUCUGACUACCAUGCUCGCAAUGCUGGGAGUAACCUCUUUCCUGUUGCAGUGAUCUCAGCAGGGGUUGUCCAUGGUAUAAUGCAGCCCCAAACGGAAUCUAAUGGUUCUCAGCAGGGAUCGGGAAGUGUCAAUGAUAUUGAAUCUGCCGCCCAAAAUGUUGUGCUGCAGGAACAAGAAAUUGCCACCCAAAAAAUUAUUCAUAGUCAAAGGGAAGCAAGAGAUGCGAAUGGGACUCCUGAGGAUAGUGCAGACAUUUUCUCUGGACGUCAUGACCCGAAUGUUUUAAAGGAGCAUCUCCUGAAGAUGACCACGGAUCAUCGUGCCCAAAUGGCCUCAAAACACAGCAAGUCUACCUUUCCGGCAGAAGGUCAUGUGGAAAUUGGAAAUGGAUAUGGCGUACCAGGUGGAGGUGCUUAUUAUGGCAUGUCAAAGCAUAAUAUAGUUGCCACUAGUCAAAAAAAUACGGAGCUUGGUGGGGAGUCUGAACUAAAACCCGUGGCUAAAGAGUUGCCUGAAUACCUAAUGCAGAAGUUGAGAGCAAGGGGAAUUCUAAAGGAUCACUCAACCAAAGAGGAUCCAACUAUCUCUCACAAUAGGUCGGAGACUGUAUCAUCUGAAACCAUUGCUACUGAAAAAGUGCCUGCAGGAUGGCUUAAGGCUACAGACCCUGCAAGUGGUGCUCUGUACUAUUAUAAUGAAAAAACAGGGAAAAGCCAGUGGGAAAGACCUGCUGAGGCUGCUUCUAUCUUUGUGCCCCCAUCACCUUUAUCUGUUUCUGAAGAUUGGCAAGAGGCAACAAAUGAAACAACAGGUCAAAAGUAUUACUACAACACAAAGACACAAGUAUCACAGUGGGAGCACCCUAAUUCAUCACAGCAGCUUGCGUCACACCAUUAUGACAGCAUGGUUUCCAGGAAUGCAGCUAAUGGAAAUGGGACUUGUCAGCCAUAUGUGCUUCAGAAAUGCAUGCAAUGUCAUGGUUGGGGAUUAGGCCUUGUGCAGUCUUGGGGUUACUGCAAUCAUUGCACACGAGUUCUCAACCUUCCUCAAGGCCAAUACUUGUCAGCCAGUGUGGCAAACCAGCAACAGAUCACCAAUGCUGCAAGUACCAGAGAAGAUUCAGACAAAAGGUUUUCCAAGCAUAGGUCCAAUUUUAAACCCCCAAUCGGAAAAGGCAAUAAACGAGACAGCAGGAAACGAGCCAACACUGAAGAUGAUGAGUUGGAUCCCAUGGAUCCAAGCUCCUAUUCAGAUGCUCCCCGUGGAGGCUGGGUUGUAGGCCUGAAAGGAGUACAGCCAAGAGCUGCGGAUACCACUGCCACAGGUCCUCUUUUUCAGCAGCGCCCUUACCCAUCACCUGGAGCAGUCUUACGAAAAAAUGCUGAAAUCGCUUCACAAAAGAAGAAAUCUAACUCUCAUUAUGCUCCUAUAUCUAAGAGAGGGGAUGGAAGUGAUGGACUUGGUGAUGCUGACUGAACAAUCUCAACCAGAUGGUGUACAUACUUUAUAUACAUUUCAUCUUUUAAGCUGUCUUCACUUUUAUCCUUGGCUACGAUGUGAACAGAAUCAUAUGGGAUUCAUUUAUUUAUUUAUUUACAUUUUCCUGGAAGAUGAUGGUUUAUGACAACUUUGCAUGAUAGAAGCAAAUGAUUUGGCUGUAUAGCUAGAAAAGUGAUGGUUUACAUGCUGGAGGGGAUUAUUCUCAAGGCUAUCUAACCUGUACAAUAUGGUGGUAAGUUUGCCUGCUCUCAAUACCGAUAAUGUGGUAUGGUUUUGGUCGAGAGACAGCUUAAAGAAAUGGAUCCGAAGUGUCUGUAAUCUCCUUGAUAGGACAUAAGUCUGCAGCGGUAUACAACAACUCAAUCGAGCCUUGGUCCAAUUAUUGGGAAUCGGCUACAUGAAUUUUGAACCAUAUUUAACAGUAAACAUUUUUCUAUUUUUAGUGUAGCAGGGUCAAAGGAUUAUA